AUGAGAAAUGGAAACAGACCCAACGAACCCGCCAGCUUCUGGAUUCAAGCAAACGCGCUUCUGAGAAAGAACUUAACCUUCCAGAAACGAAAUGUGAAGACAAACAUUAGGCUAAUCUUGUUCCCAUUUGGCUUGUGUAUAUUGCUCGUUCUACUCCAAAAUCUGCUCAAUAAUCAAUUCGAUAAAGCCAAAUUUAAGUGCGGAUGCAUUUGUACCAAAACACAAGGGGAACAAUGCUUGGAGAAUCAAUGCGGGGUUCAGUUUUCGGAUUUUGAUCAAGUUGGUGCUUGUCCUAUUAUUAACCCUAUAGAAUGGACUCCGUUGUUGCAAAUCCCUGAUCCGCGAUACCGCGCCGUUAGAACUGAUUUUCUUCCGUUUUCAGACUUUCCAAACCCCUUGUGCAGAAUCAAUGGUUCAUGUCCACUCAUUAUGCUCUUUACCGGAACUAAUCACUCUUUCGGAGAAGUCUUGUCACGCAAUAUGAUUCCAAGUUCUUUUGCUCUAAAUAACAACGAUGUUAUGGGUAGUUUGGCAACAAAUGUCAUGGGAUCAGCAUCAGAGACAGAGAACACCAAUUUUCUGGAGCCUGCGUUCUUUUCAGAUCUUCCCAUUUACUAUUUACAAAGUCAGUGCAAUAAGAACUCUUCAUUCUCCGUUCCUAUUCAGAUAUCAACCACUAGCAUACAGCAAGAGUUAAGAUGUGCUCAGGCUUUACGGUUAUGGCGUAAUAGUUCCUCUGAGGUAAACAAUGAGCUAUAUAAAGGUUACAGAAAAGGUAACACAGAGAGGCAGAUCAAUGAGAUAGCUGCAGGUUAUGACUUCCUAAAUUCAAAUGAGAAUACACUUAAUGUCAGUAUAUGGUACAACUCAACCUAUAAAAAUAACACUGGCUUUGAUGUUAUUGCAUUGGCACGGAUUCCUCGUACUGUAAAUUUGGUAUCAAAUGCCUACCUUCAGUUUCUGCUGGGACCUGGUACCAGAAUGUUGUUUGAGUUUGUAAAAGAAAUGCCAAAACCUAAGACCCCAAUUAAGUUUGAUUUGGCUUCUCUUUUGGGCGGUCUCUUCUUUACAUGGGUUAUCCUGCAACUUUUCCCUGUUGUCCUCACAUCAUUAGUUUAUGAGAAGCAACAAAAUUUAAGAAUCAUGAUGAAAAUGCAUGGUCUUGGUGAUGGGCCAUAUUGGAUGAUUUCUUAUAGUUACUUUCUUGCUAUAUCAAUUAUCUACAUGCUGUGUUUUGUGAUGUUUGGCUCAGUCAUUGGAUUGAAGUUUUUCACAAUGAAUGACUACAGCAUCCAAUUCGUGUUUUAUUUCAUCUAUAUAAAUUUACAAAUUUCCCUGGCAUUUUUAUUGGCCUCCCUGUUUUCAAAUGUUAAGACCGCCACAGUGAUUGCAUAUAUAGGUGUUUUUGGAACUGGGUUAUUAUCUGGUUUUCUUUUCCAAUUUUUUGUUCAAGAUAACUCGUUUCCAAGAGGGUGGAUCAUUGUUAUGGAGUUAUAUCCUGGGUUUGCUUUAUAUCGCGGGUUAUAUGAAUUUUCACAAUCUUCUUUUAGUGGUGAUACUUUGGGUACUCAUGGUAUGCGGUGGGGAGAUCUCAGUGAUAGCACAAAUGGCAUGAAAGAGGUGUUGAUCAUCAUAUUUGUGGAGUGGAUAUUGGUUCUAUUCUUCGCUUAUUACGUCGAUCAAGUUUUGACAACAGGAAGUUGGAAAAGUCCUCAUUUGUUCUUGAAAAGAUUUCAGAAAAAACCUAGUUCAUCUUUUCGGAAGCCUAGUAUCCAAAGGCAAGGAUCUAAAGUUUUUGUUAUGACUGAGAAACCAGAUAUUCAUCAAGAGACGGAGAAGGUGGAGCAGCUGCUACUUGAACCAACUGUGAAUCAUGCAAUUGUUUGUGACAAGCUAAGAAAGGUUUAUCAAGGGAGGGAUGGUAACCCAGAGAAAUUUGCAGUGAAAGAGUUGUCGCUUGCUUUGCCUCAAGGGGAAUGCUUUGGCAUGCUUGGUCCCAAUGGUGCGGGGAAGACUUCUUUUAUCAACAUGAUGAUAGGUCUUGCAAAGCCAACCUCAGGUACCGCUUUUGUUCAAGGUCUUGACAUAAGAACAGAUAUGAAUGGAAUAUAUACAAGCAUGGGUGUAUGCCCCCAGCAUGACUUGCUAUGGGAAAUCUUGACAGGAAGAGAGCACCUACUUUUCUAUGGAAGACUUAAAAAUCUUAAAGGUUCUGCUUUAACACAAGCAGUUGAAGAAUCUUUGAAAAGCGUAAACCUUUUUCAUGGAGGGGUUGCUGAUAAAAAAGCUGGAAAAUAUAGUGGAGGAAUGAAGAGGAGACUUAGUGUUGCAAUUUCAUUGAUCGGAGAUCCUAGAGUUGUUUAUAUGGAUGAGCCAAGUACUGGAUUAGACCCUGCAUCAAGAAAGAACUUAUGGAAUGUUGUUAAGCGUGCAAAACAGGACCGUGCAAUCAUUCUCACCACACAUUCCAUGGAAGAGGCAGAAGUCCUAUGUGAUCGAUUAGGAAUAUUUGUAGAUGGUAGCUUUCAGUGCAUAGGAAAUCCAAAGGAGCUGAAAGGAAGAUAUGGAGGAACUUAUGUAUUCUCAAUGGCAACAUCUGUUGAUCAUGAAACAGAUGUUGAGAAAUUGGUGCAACAACUCUCCCCAAAUGCUAAGAAGAUUUAUCAUAUUUCAGGUACCCAAAAGUUUGAGUUGCCAAAAGAUGAGGUUAGAAUAGCUGAUGUAUUUCAAGCUGUUGAAACUGCAAAGAGAAACUUCACAGUUUCUGCAUGGGGUUUAGCUGACACCACAUUGGAAGAUGUCUUCAUUAAGGUUGCACGUGAGGCUCAGCAAUAUGACACUUUGUCAUAA